UUGGUUGACAAACAGUGAGUACAUUUUCAUGUACGUGCAACCAAUGUUAUAAAGUAAUACUGCUUUUCUUAACUUCGAAUUUCCUACAAGCUGCCUACUUAUAGAUACCAAUACCACCAAUACCAAAUGGUAUUGGUAUUGGAAGUAUUGGUAUUGUUACAUCCCUAAUUUUAUUAUUAGUGGAUAUUGUUAGUUUAUGUUAUUCGUCAGAAAUUGAUGAAAUAUCGGUCAGACAACUUGAAGAUGUUAUUUUACAUCAUAAUGAUUUAGUCAGAAAACUUUAUUCAAACACUCUCAAACAAAAAUACCAUUUUUUAUUGCAUUUACCUCGUGAAAUGGCACUUUUUGGUCUGUUAAAGGACACAUAA